AUGAUUUCGAAAUUUAUUUCUAUAAAGUAAAAAUAAUUUACCUACUGCAUCUAGUUUUGUCAAAGAGCCCAAAAAUUCCGUAUAAAUUUAAUAAAUCAAUUUACAAAAAUUUAGGGAGUUAAAAUAUCACUUUGAAAUUCAUUUCGCCUUAGAAUAUGGUCAUAUAUAGGAUGAAACCUACAAAGUGAAAGUUGAUAAUUUAAUUCAUAUUAAAAAAGUAGAAUUUCGAAAUAUUUUAUAAAUAGGCAUGCAAGAACCCUGAACAUUUAAUAUCAAAACUGAAUUUGUCUCCUUCCCUUAAAGACUUUUUCACAGAAUUAGAUAAAUUUAAUGAUAAAACACUGGAUGUUAUUUUUAUGAAUUUCAAAACGCAAAUUGCUAAUAUAUAAAAUGCUCUCUUGGCAGUGUAAAGAGAAGUAGAAUAAGAUGUAAAAUAUAUUCUGAAUACAAAAUAGAAAAUCAGGGAAGAAUUGCUCAAAGUAAUUAAUGAUAAAAAAUAUUAGAUUAUUAAAUUUGAUUAAUUUCAAUAGUAAUUAGAGAAUUUUUCAUAAUUAGAAGAUUAAAAUAAUUUUCAAGCUAUUGAAUAAAAUGAAAAGAUAAUUCAUGAUUAUAUAAAAGAUCUUACUAAAAAUGAUGCCAAAGAACUGAAUUAAAGUUUGAUCGAUUUAUUAAAUGGAAUAUAAUUAUAGAUCAAAGAUUCAAAUGAAGAAAAAUUUUCUUAAUGUAAAAAAUUUCAAGAAUAAUUUCAAUAUUUUAAUGCUAGUAAAUAAGAACUCAUAAAAUAAAUUAAUCUAAAUUAUUUAUAAUAGUCAAUUUUAUCAUAUUAUUAAUAAUUGAAAAUUAUGAAAACUAUUUAAUUUAAAUUAAAUAAAAUACCAGCAAGAUUUUAAAGAAUAUUUUUAGGUUCAAAAGAUGGUUUAAAUGCUAAUGCUUUUUGGAAUAAAGUAGAAGGUAAAUCAAAUUUAUUAAUGAUAUUCUAAUCUAAAAGCGGAUACAUUUUUGGUGGGUUUUCUCCUUGUUUAUGGUUAGGAGUUUAGAAUAGCUAUGUUGAUGAUAAAACAUAGUCUUCAUUUUUAUUUUCAUAGACCCAUGAUGAAAUAUAUCCUUUGUAAACAUGUCAUCAAUCAAAAGCUAUUUAUUCUUUUUUUGGCAAUGGACCUACUUUUGGUGAUGGUCAUGAUAUUUAUAUUGAUAUCGAUUUUCAAAAUGGUUAUUCUAACUUAGGAUAUGCUUACCAGUGGGAUAAAUAUAAAUAUGCUAAAAGUACAUAUUUAUUUGGAUAAUCAACUCCAAAUAUAGCAGAAUGUGAGAUUUAUUAAUUAAUAUUUGAUUGA